CUUCAACUAUUAUUUAUUUACAUUAUUUGGCUCUGAAAUGUUUGUACUUAAAAUGUUCUAAAAUCUUAUUCUACAGUUGUACACCAUGAGAUCAUCGAACCAAUUUUGACACUGAAAUAGUGCUGAACGGAAUUGAUCGCAGAGACAUCAUUAAAGUCUAAACAUGGCUUGUACGUCUACGACGAACACCGCAUCAUGUGAUUUCACCAUUGUGGUUGACGGCACCGAAUUUAACAGCCACCGGGAAAUCCUGAGUUCAACUUCCGCAUACUUCGACGCCUUGUUUAGAAGCAACAUGAGGGAGACAAAAGAAAGGAGGGUGGAGCUACAGGGUAUGACAAGUGAGACUUUCAAUGUUGUGUUAAAUUUCAUCCACCAGCGUGUCCAUGGUCUGACGGCUGAUAACAUUGAUGACAUCUGGGAAGCAGCGAACCGUCUGGACAUAGCAAUAUAUCUUAAAGAAAUAGAACAUUUUGUGAUUGAAAAUUUAUCGAUUGAUAACCUAUGGCACAUUUAUUUCAAAGCCGUUCUAAUCAAUUCCAACAACGUCAAAGAAGGGUCGCUAAUGUUCAUGAAGCAAAAUUACGAGCAUGUAUUUAGGAUGAAAGAGUUUCUGAAUUUGCCGUUUUCUUUAGUGUUAUCUUGUAUUGAAAGUGAUGAGUUGAAUGUGAGGACAGAGGACUCAGUUCUGGAGUCAAUUUUAACCUGGGUUUCUCGUGGGAGAUACAAACCUGACCGCAGAGAUACGGGAGCCACAUAUAAGGAGGUUAAACUUCAGAACAGUGAGGGUUCUUCUCGUGACAUUCCAACUUCUGAUCAGUCGCUUAGCGUCAUAAAGGUUGGUCAGAUUUGUGACUCAGGAAUUCUAGUUCAGGCUGACGAAACAGCAACUGACAAACCUGGCAUUAACAUUAGACAACAUGGUCAGCACGAUGACGACAAAAAAGAGGACGUAACAAAAUGUAGCCGGUCUGUCGACCGAGCUAAGUAUCUCGCCAAACUUGUGUCUAGUGCCAAACUUACUUUAGCCACAGAUAAUUACUUAAAUAGUUUACUUAAAAACCACUAUAUAAUAAAAUGCUCCGAUGCUCAUCGCGGAGUACAGGAAGCCCUAAAAUACAAGUCAGGGGAGUAUCCAUUAAAGAGCGCAACAUUGAAACCUCUUCGAAAGUGCAGCGGAAAGAGAAAUGCCAUGGCGUUUGUUGGAAAGGAAGGUUUGUACCUCUACGAUUUGGAGAGCAGGACUUUCAGUAAAAUCAAGCUCAAAAGUGUAAAGGAACGUUACAGAAAUUUUGCCUCUGUGGUUUCGCUAGGGUCGACCCUUUGCUUCAUAUGCGAAAAACCGUUCCGAAAUUGUCCUUUUGCCAAGCACAAAUGUAACAUUUUAACUGUCCUUUUGUUAAACGAGAAUAAAACAGUGUCAACAUUGUAUGAGAUGUGCAGUAAUCCCAACUCGCUCAAAACGUUAUUCCGCGUAAACACCAACUCUAUUUACGUCAAAACAAACGAUAGCUACGCUUCAAAAAGAAGUCGCAAAGUAGAUCAUGAUUUGUUGAAAACAGUCACAUUAAAAACCGGUGACACUUUUGUUCCCAUCUGCGCUUUUCAAACCGAUAUUUUGAUGUUUAAAAACGUCGAAUAUUUCAUUGCCAAUACCCUAACUAACGAUUUAACAGUCAACAUUUACAAUCGUGAAACUAAGUCCAAAACAAAAAUCAAAAUACCGAAUGUUGAUGGACAUUAUUACAACAACUUGGCCAUACACUAAGACAAAGACACGUUUCUUUUACUUUCAAAUGGACUUUUACUAUCGGUCAAGAGAGAUUCUGACAGCGCAAUACAAUUCACACCGGUAGUUCGUCUUUGGACAACUUUUCAAUGGUGGUUGAGUGGAGCCGCUUGCUAUAAAAACGAGCUGACUUUGUUUUGUAACGCAAGUCGUAUACCACAGGGGACGAUUUUGACGUCCGUGACGGGACUGUUUGACAAGAUCAGUGUCGUCGAGCUUAGUGAUGAGAUUUUGAUAAAAAAUAUGGUUCCUGUGAUAGCGCCGGUGUCUUGGUUCGGGUAAUCAGCGCUGAGGUUUUGGCAGGAAUUCUGGUGUCCCAUCGUCUGCUGUUACACUUGUUUUGAAUAAAAGUUGUCAGUCAAUGAAAAAUCAUCGUAGGUCGUCAAACACAAUAUGCCAAAAAUAGAGUGAGAUUAACUGUAGUUCAGCGCAUCAUAUAACGUCAGCUUUUGACCAACUGUAAUAUUCUAUUUCUUCGAUGUAGAUGCUAUAGAAGACCCUUCUGUACAAUUAGCUACCUUGAUCUAAUUCCAUCUCAAGGAAGACCAGCUAGUUCUAUUAUAACGUUUUACGUGUAUACAUCACUAUUUACACAUUAUCUUCUGUCUUUUAUUGUGAUUAUCACAUUUACGCA